CUUUCUCCCCCCUCCCCCUUUCCGCGACCGCAGGCCUCCCUGCCUGCCCGUUUCCCCUUCCGGGCCAGCAACAGGAGCGCGCGGCGGAGGCGGCUUAGUUCUGAGGCGGCCGCAGGCCCUCCCUCCCUCGCCUCAGCCGGUGGACCGGUUUGUGUCCCUUUUCUUCACCCGCCCCAAUCUUUUUCCCCUUUCCUUUUCCCCUCGUCAGGCUGCGCCAAAGCGGCGCCCUGAGAAGCGCGUGCGCGCUUGCCGUGGAGGGAGGGGGCCCUUUGACUCUCGGCUUCCUCUCCGACGCCGCCGACGCCUCCUCCUCUCUCGCCCAACGGCCUCGCGCGAGCGCGUGCUCUGACACGGGGGUUGAGCCUGCGGCGUCCGGCCCUUUUUCGCCGCCGCCAAGCGCCAUGUUGAAGCAGCCGCUCCCGCCGCCCUCUCCUCAACCUGGCUCUCCCGCCUCGGCUCCCCCGCCGCCCACCACGCCGACGCCGCCUCCCCCGGCCACCGCGGUAGCCGCUGCAGCCGCCGCCUCGCGCAAGGCCAACCCGACCCCCGCCAGCCCCAACGGCAGCCUUAGCCCCGGGGCUACGGGAGGAGCCAGAGCAGCGACGGUGGCGCCCCCCGGUAGCGGAGGGGGAGGCCCCCCGGGAGGAAGCGGCACAAGGGGCCAGAGCACAGGCAAAGGACCUCCGCAGUCUCCCGUUUUUGAGGGUGUCUAUAACAAUUCCCGAAUGCUGCACUUCCUCACAGCAGUUGUGGGGUCCACAUGUGAUGUGAAGGUGAAAAAUGGAAACACAUUUGAGGGGAUUUUUAAAACCUUGAGCUCCAAGUUCGAGCUUGCUGUGGAUGCUGUGCACAGGAUGGUACCUGACCAGGCAGUAGGGCCCAGGAGAGAGGAUAUUGUGGACACCAUGAUUUUCAAACCUACCGAUGUCAUGUUGGUUCACUUCCACAAUGUUGACUUCAACUAUGCCACCAAAGAUAAGUUCACAGAUUCUGCCAUCGCCAUGAAUUCCAAGGUGAAUGGGGAGCAUAAAGAGAAGGUGCUACAGCGCUGGGAAGGAGGAGACAGCAACAGUGAUGAUUAUGACUUGGAUUCUGACAUGUCUAAUGGCUGGGACCCAAAUGAGAUGUUCAAGUUCAACGAAGAAAAUUAUGGUAUAAAAACCACCUAUGAUAGCAGCCUCUCCUCUUAUACUGUCCCUCUUGAAAAGGAUAACUCAGAGGAAUUCCGGCAGCGAGAAGCAAGGGCUGCCCAGCUGGCCCGGGAGAUUGAAUCGAGCCCGCAAUACCGACUGCGCAUUGCUAUGGAAAAUGAUGAUGGACGCACAGAAGAGGAGAAGCACAGCUCUGUGCAAAGACAAGUGUCGGGAAGGGACAGCCCCAGUCUGGCAUCCAGAGAGGGCAAGUACAUACCCCUUCCCCAGCGUGUCAGAGAAGGCUCAAGAGGAGGUGUACGCUGCAGCAGUUCUCGGGGUGGGAGGCCAGGUAUGGGGUCUUUACCACCCCGUGGAAGUGCACACCACUCAGAAGGCAACACUGGCUCCAUUCCAGAGCAGCGAGGCAUCAAUGGAGGUCCAUCCAGAAUGUCUCCAAAGUCUCAGCGACCCAUCCGAGGAGCUAAGAGCAUGUCUUCCCCUUCCAGUCGACCCAUGGAAGUCUCACCUGCAACUUCUUCAGUGGGUCGCCUCUAUGCUCCACGUUCUCCUAAGUCUGCCUCAACUGUGCCAGUCUCUUCCCAGGAUCCCCCAGUGGGAUCAACAGUUCCUGCUGCUCCUGCAUCGCCUUCUGAAUUGAGGCCUACUAUGGAGUCUAGUGCUUCCCCAACCCCGCCUUCACCCAAGGUUCCAGUACCUGCCCCUGUAGCUGCUGUUGAGGUUAAAGAGGUGCCUAACUCUGCCACCAAAGAACCCAGCAGGACCUUGGAGGUUAUGGGCCCCUCAGAUCUGGUCAAACAGGCAAGCAAAGGUCUCCAAAAUGAGCAGAAGAGAAAUCAGCUAGAGGAGCUACGGAAAUUUGGGGCCCAGUUUAAGCUGCAGCCCAGCCCCUCCCCAGAGGCCACACUGGAUUUCCGGACCAAGGAGCCUCUUGAAGGAAAGGUGAAGGACAAGCCCCCAGAGGCCUUGGUUGGAGCAGGGGGCACAUGUGAGGUACCUGAUGAAUCCCCCAAGCCCAACUUAGAGCUGUCUGAAAGCAGCAACAAGGAGGAAAAAGGGCCCUGUGAAGGCAUGGAGCGCCAGACCCAGACUGCUAGUCCUCUAGGCAAAGGUGACGCAGAUGACAAGGAGGAUGGUCCUGUCUCAGAGCAGGUGAAGAAGUCUACCCUGAACCCAAAUGCAAAGGAGUUCAAUCCUUCAAAGACUCUCCUGUCUGUGAACAAGUCAACGAGCACACCCACAUCGCCAGGACCACGCACCCACUCUACACCCUCCAUCCCAGUGAUUACAGGGCAAAGUGGCAUGUACAGCCCACAAUACAUCUCUUACAUCCCACAGAUCCAUAUGGGCCCAGCUGUGCAGGUGAGAAGGGGGUGGAAUGAUGUGUGGAUGGUCCUGCCUUUGGAUAGAAGGGCACCCCAGAUGUACCCUUACCCUGUUUCUAACUCUGUGCCUGGACAGCAGAGCAAAUAUAGAGGAGGUAAAGGCUCUCUGCCCCCGCAGCGUUCAGACCAGCAUCAGCCCACCUCAGCCCCUCCCAUUAUGCAGGCAGCGGCAGCCGCAGGGCCCCCUCUGAUGGCUGCCACUCCGUAUUCCUCAUAUAUCUCCUACAACCCCCAGCAGUUCACAGGACAGCCAACUAUGAUGCAGCCCAUGGCACACUACCCCUCGCAGCCUGUAUUUGCCCCCAUGCUGCAGAGCAACCCACGUAUGAUGACUUCUGGCAACCAUCCCCAGGCCAUUGUUUCAUCGUCUACUCCCCAGUAUCCCCAGGCAGAGCAACCUACGCCCCAGGCUCUUUAUGCCACAGUGCAUCAGUCGUAUCCCCACCAUGCCACACAGCUGCAUCCGCAUCAGCCUCAACCAGCUACCACACCCACGGGCAACCAACAGCAAGCGCAACAUGCCGCCCCCAGCCCUGUGCAGCACCAGGCUGGACAGCCACCUCAUUUGGCCAGUGCCCAGCAGCAGCAGAACUUGUACCACACAGCCACACUGACAGCUACACCACCCUCUAUAACGCCAGGGCCCAGUGCUCAGUCUCCACAGAGCAGUUUCCCCCAGCAAGCGGUCUACGCCAUCCAUGCCCACCAGCAGCUGCAGCACAGCUAUGCCAACAUGGCCCACGUCACCCAGGCUCAUGUCCAGACUGGAAUUGCAGCUGCCCCACCACCUCACCCUGGAGCUCCACAGGUCAUGCUGCUGCACCCCUCGCAGACCCACGGUGGGCCUCCACAGGGAGGUGUGCCCCAGAGUGGUGUGCCCACCCUCUCCGCCUCCACACCCUCCCACUACACUUAUAUAGGGCACCACCAAGUUCAAUCUCAUCCCUCCCAGCAGCUUCCAUUCCACCCCCCUGGGAACUGAUGUCCACGCUUCUCCCUGUGACCUGAGACCCUAGCCAGCCUUGGCUCUGUUGCUGGCCCCAAGCCUGGGCCAGCCCUCAUGCCCAUGGCAGAGGCCCCUGGAGGGGCGCAGUCUGGCCCGGUCCAGCCCCCCCUCGCCAAGCACCUUCCUUUCCGUUGGUUUAGUGAAGCCCACAUGGGGCGCUGUCAGCCAGCGGGACGGAGAACGGCCCCUUCCCCUUGCCUGGAGAAGGGCAGGGUUUCUUUUCUGUUAUUUAUGACUCCAUUCGGGCUCUUAGAGCAAAUGCCACUUUCCCACAUUAACUUGACAAGGACAUGACCAGAUGGACAAACCUUGACUUUUUAUUAAGUAAAAAUAUUUAAAAAGUAAAAAAAAAACCAAUAAAAUUUUAAACUAACUAAUGUUGGGCUUUGGGGUUGACUGUGUGGGGAGGGCCAAUUUCUAACAAGUAACCCUUGUUCACGGUUCUACAGAAUUGGGAUGGUUGCAGCGGCUUUGAUCUCCCCAGAGUUUUAGCUUCUCUAGCAAGGCGGAGCGAUUGAGACGCCUUCAUCCAGUUCAGAGGCUCCAGUGCUUUGCUCAUUCCCUGCUGCUGCUGCUGCUGCUGCUGCUGAAAUGACUAAUCAGCAGUGACAAGUAAUUGGGGUGGCAGUGUAAUGCAGAGCCUAAAGCAGUGGUUCUUAGUGGAAGGACCACUAAUGUAAAAAACUAUACACCAUGGUCUAGCAGUGUUUUUUAUCUGAAUAAUAAAAUUUUAAUUACUGCUUUUA